CUUGAAUAACACGGAGGCUGGCAACUUGGCGUGUCAGAAGACAGACCGGGAGCAAGAGAAGCGUCGGAUAUUGGAUAAUGAUGAGGAUGAAGCGAAUGGUGAUUAUGAUAAUUAAGAAUAGAGAGAUGGUAUUAAGUCUCGAUAGAUAGAUUCGAAUAAGAAGAGGUAUGAAUGGAAUCACAGACAAUCCGGUUGAAGACAGAAAAGAAACGAAAGAAAAAAGCGGAAGAAGAGCAGAAGAAGCAAAAUCACAUGCAAGCGGCAACAACGCCUUCCGGUGUCUCCCCAACCAGAGUCUCUCUCUCUCCCAGCCAAAAGAAAAGCUUCAUGUUACGCCAUUCAAACGUACGAGGAGAUUACAAUAGAUAUACUGCACUAUCUCAUCAUCAUUUGGUCCAGACUGCAAAUACAGGUUCUACAGAGCAACGUUCGAACAGUCCGUCGGAGAGAAAAAAAAGUAAUCGUGGAUAGGGUGCCUGGGUAUACAUAUCCAAGUCACCAACGCAGCCAUGCCAUGCGGAUCAAUUGCCUUCUUGAUAAUCGCGCUGACGGGGGAAUCCCUGGGAUGCGACUGGACACACCAUCUUCAAAUCC